CAUCAUCUGAAACUUCGCGCCGCCUUGUCUGUUCCAAAACCGGUCAAGCAUUCAUGGGUGUAAUGUUCUUGCUGAGCUUUGACCACACACACACACACACCAGUAGCAUGCAUUCUCGAACGGUCAUAAACACAUUCUCGGCAUAUAUAACUCCUGGACCGUCACUUGCGACGACUGCCCGUCAACCUCUCCUCCCCCCUUACAUGGUGAGUGCCUUUCAACGUGGAAAGGGAGAUGGGCAAGAGAAAACCCAACGCAACCCUUUCCGUGGGUGGUGCUGGCCGCAGGCAGCGUGCCGCCGGCAAGAGUCGUCAGAAGACUGUCACCCCCGCGCCAUCCCAACUUCGUCGUAGCCCCCGACUUCAGGCGAGACUUGCUUCCAACGUCGUAGUGACAAUACCGACACCGACACCAACACCGACACCAACACCGACACCAACACCGACACCAACACCGACACCGACGCCUCCCCGCAAGCGCCGCAAACCGCGACCCUUCAGAGUCUGCGCCGCUCCCCGCAAAUAUGCUUCCUCCAGCGCCUCCUCUGACCCUCCGUCUCCUCGGCCGACUCUAGCGAACUACGACAACAACAGAGACUACCAUCCCGCUCAAUCGAUUCGCAGUGACGAUAGCUCUACAGUGGGCGAGGAAUCCACGCCACCAAAGAUCUUUAUGCCUGCGCGGAAGCCUGACCAUGAGGACUUGAUCCUCAUAUCUCCUAGGGGCCGUGUCUGUGUCGUAACUCUGGAGCACAAUGGAAAUGGCACCGUCGAAGAUUGCCACUUGCUUGAUCGUGCUUGUGGUGCCGACCCGCAGAUCGUCGAUGGCAUGGCGAUCCUCAUGGCUAUCGAGCGUGGCACGCUCGAUGUCGAUUGUCCACGGAACCGAGUCUUCCUCGAGUCCAAAAUGCACACCGCGAUGGACAAUGGGAAAUGGGUACUUUUCCCCACGGUAGAAGACCUUGAGAGGAUGCUGCUUGCGCUCACUGGCGAGCAGCUGGAUCCAAUCGAGGGUCAGCAAGAACCGCCACGCCGUAACUCAAAUGGUUUCACUCGCCACACGGAUGUCUUCCCCAACAUCAUCCGGAAGUUCUACAUCGUUCCCCUGUCCACCUGGGCCGAGGGCCUCAAGAUCUAUCGUGAGCGCGAAGUCAACAGCCCCGAGCCGCCUAUUGUGUAUGGACCGCCGCCUUUUGAGGAGAUUCCACCAGAGGACCUACACUGCGACCCCUACUUUGUCGUCUGGAAGGCGUACAAGGCGCUGGUUGGAUCGGGCGUUCGGGCCCCUGCUCAUCAUUGGGCUCAGGAAGACCUGAUCCGCAAGAUCGGCGAGAUCAUGUGGGCCCGCGGCCUUGCACCCAAGGCAUAAUUUCUUCAUGACUGCUCUGCGCUGGCGCUACGACGGCCCUGGACUCGUCGCAGCUUCGUGCACUCGACGCUCCUUCAUCUCUUUAUUCUUACUUUAUUUCUCCCCGUCUGUUGUAUCCCUGCGGUCUUUGCGUUGUAUUGCUAGCUGGAACACCCUCGUUAAUGUGUAAUGUCGACGUAGUCUGGUUGGAAUGUGACGUUUACUUGGG